AUGUUCUUCGACAGUUUCCGUAAUCUUCUCAGUUGUUCCUCUCAAGAGGUCUGCUACCAACGAGUAAGAGUUCUUGGGUAUAGAAAGAGUUCUGUGAGUCGAGAGCAAAGGUCCAAUUACAUGAAAACGCAAACGAGUAAAAGACAGAGAGUGGAGGUAAAAAAAAUGGGGGGGGGGGGUAGGAAGCUUAAAAAUAAAACAAGAAAAAAAAGAACUGGAAGUUGGGAGGAAAGGGAGAAGAACCUCGCCACUAAGAUUGCCGGUAGCAUGUUCAUGCUUUUAGAAUCAUUACCGGCACGAAUGUGCGACGACGAGCUUACCCAGUAA